GAGGCGUGGGUGGGUUGCCACAGGCCUUUCACCCCGGGGGUCCUUCCUGCUGGAAGUCUCACUCCCCCACCUUCCAGAGGGGCGGGGCUCUCCAAUGGCGAGGUGGUAACCCAGGUCAGGUUUUUGAGACUCUAGGCUUUGUCCGUCGGUGGGCCUAAAAGAAGCUGCCAGUAGCUGGUCCUGGUGCCCAGGGCCCCCACCCUCGCCUCCCCGGCCUUGUCAUUCCACCAAGGACCGGGCUACUGUGCCUGCCCAGGACUGACCCACCGCCCGUCCCGGGGCAGAGUGGCUAAAGAGCACCUCCCUCCCCAUCAGGCCAGCCAAGGAUGGGGGGAGCCAAGGGGCCGGAGCAGUGGAGUGGGCGGGGUGCAGUCUCAGGGCUCCGUGAUGUCAGCGGUACUGGGAAGGGGAGGAGGGUCGGCUGUUUUUCUGGAGAGUUAGGAGCUGGAGUGAGACAAAGCACCGGGCAGAAGCGCAGCCAGGCGCCGGGCCGGCACCAUGCAGCUCUGGCCCCGCAUUCUGCUGUGGAAACUGGUGCUUCUGCAGAGCUCUGCGGUCCUCCUGUCCGCAGGGCCCGCAGGGCCUCCCCCAGCCGGCAGCGGCGGGCAGCGGCGGCGGCGGCAGCUCGGUGGUGUCGGAGUCAGCGGUGAGCUGGGCCGCGGGGGCCCAGGCGGUGCUGCGUUGCCAGAGCCCGCGCAUGGUGUGGACCCAGGACCGGCUGCACGACCGCCAGCGCGUGGUCCACUGGGACCUCAGCGGGGGGCCCGGCGCCCCGGGCCGCCGCCUGGUGGACAUGUACUCGGCGGGCGAGCAGCGCGUGUACCAGCCCGGCGACCACGGCCGCCUCCAGCUGUCCCCCUCCGCCUUCCACGACGGCAACUUCUCCCUGCUCAUCCGCACGGUCGAGGACGGCGACGCGGGGCUGUACACCUGCAACCUGCACCACCAUUACUGUCACCUGUACGAGAGCUUGGCCAUCCGCCUGGAGGUCACCGACGACCCCCGCGAGGCGCGCGCCUACUGGGACGGCGAGAAGGAGGUGCUGGCCGCCGCCCGCGGCGCGCCCGCCCUGCUGACCUGCGUGAACCGGGCGCACGUGUGGAGACCGACCGGCACCUGGAGGAGGCGCAGCAGGUGGUGCACUGGGACCGGCAGCCGCCCGGGGUGCCGCACGACCGCGCCGACCGCCUGCUCGACCUGUACGCGUCCGGGGAGCGCCGCGCCUACGGGCCGCCCUUCCUGCGGGACCGCGCGGCCGUGCGCCCCGACGCCUUCGCGCGCGGCGACUUCUCGCUGCGCAUCGGCCCCCUGGAGCCCGCGGACGAGGGCACCUACUCCUGCCACCUGCACCACCACUACUGCGGCCUGCACGAGCGCCGCAUCUUCCACCUGCGCGUCAGCGAGCCGGCCGCGGAGCCGCCGCGCGACUCGCCCGGCAACGGCUCCAGCCCCGACGGCGUCCCGGGCCCAGAUCCCACCCUGGCGCGCGGCCGCAGCGUCAUCAACGUCAUCGUCCCCGAGGGCCGGGCCCACUUCUUCCAGCAGCUGGGCUACGUGCUGGCCACGCUGCUGCUCUUCAUCCUUCUGCUCAUCACCGUGGUCCUGGCCACCCGCCAGCGCCGCCGCGGGGGCUGUGAACACUCAGACAAGCGGUCAGGAAAGGCAGAGGGGAAGGACACGAAGGUGGCAGAGUUUUCUGUGGCCACAGGGCACCAGCCUCCUUACAGGACUGAGGACAUCCAGCUAGAUUACAAAAACAACAUCUUGAAGGAGAGGGCAGAGCUGGCUCACAGUCCCUUGUCUACCAAGAAUAUCGAUUUGGACAAAGAGUUCAGAAAGGAGUACUGUAAAUAGAGGGCUCUUGGGCUCCUGGCUGGGCCAGCAGCUCUGCCCCAGAGGACUUCGGCCCAUCCUCACGGAGGCCCUCCCAGAUCCCUCUCAGCGGCUGGCCCCGCUUCUCCUGGAACUCGCCUGGACUGGUGGAGUUGUUGCCGACAUUCGGUUCUCCCAGGAGCCACCCUCAUCUUUCAGAACAGCUGUGGGUGCCUAUGGACUCUGCCACAGUGUGGCUGCUGCCUUCCUGUCACCCGUGCCCAACUAGUGGCCCUGCUCCAGUUUUGGCACAGCCAAGAGCCUAAUAAUGUCCACUAAUCCCUCAGGCCCUCCAGAUCUCUGCUUGCUAGAGGGAGCAAGAUACAGGGUUAGGCAGGACCGGAAGCCCAAACCCAGUCUCAGACCCGCCAUCCCUUCUGCAGGGGAACCCCCCAGGGGCCUUCUAGAUUGCACAGUGCAUACGUCAGAGGCAAAGACCAGCUGCCCUCUGUCCUGUAAGGGCACUGAGGAUUCACUCAUAGGUCUUCCUUGGACAGCAGGGGCUGCCUUUCCCUUUCUCUGCUUUUAGCCCAUCUGCAGCAAAUUUUCUUAAGAGCUUCCCCCCACAGUCACUGAACUCUAUAUGACUUUUGGCCCUGAUACCUAUCCCUGGAUGAAAUCAUUUGGCCAAACAGAUUUGGCUGAGGUCGAGGUAGGAGGUGCUAUAGAAGGUUCUUGGUAGCCUGUGCUACCUGUGCGCCUGCUGGGAGAAUCGGCACAUCACAAUAAAGCCCAUAUCUGAUUUUACACUUGG